AUGGUUAAGGAUAGGAAAAGUUACGAUGUGUUAAAAGUGGACCAGUUAUUUUCGGUCUCUGGUGGUAAGUCGAAACCACAGUCGAUCAAUCAGAUUUUAAGCUCACGGAGUCGUAAGAAAUCUACCACCAUAUACAUCAACCAAAAACCAUGUAAGUUUGAAGUGGAUUCAGGUUCAGAUUAUACUAUAGUAUCUUCUAAAACAUUCGACCAAUUAUGGCCGGGGGUUAAGCCGUUGCUAUACGAGUGCGGUCUUGAAUUGAGCGAUUUUCAACAUAAUGGUGUACCUAACAGAGGUGUGUUAGAUGUUGACAUUGAGAACAACAAACGUCCAAUCAAAGACUUACCACUUAUCAUUGUAAAUGGUAACCAAAGCAACGUGCUGGGUUGUAAUUGGUUUGAUGCGUUGGGCAUAAGUGUGCAGGGAGUGUUGGCAAUUGAAGAAUCGCCCACAAUCAAACACAUUUUAGGCAAAUUUGAGCAUCUUUUUUCAAAAGAACUUGGCAAAUUCAGAGGGGAACCAGUUUCCUUACAAGUUAAAAACAACAUCCAACCCAUUAGGCUUCCCGCACGCCGUAUUCCAAUAGCUAUUCGUAGUCUUGUUGAAACUGAACUCGAUCGUUUGUGCGCUCAAGGUAUUUUUGAACCUGUCGAAUACUCUGACUGGGCAACGCCCAUCGUCCCAGUUCUCAAAAGCGAUGGAACCAUUAGAAUUUGUGGUGACUACAAGUCUUCCCUAAAUAAGGCCAUGUUGCCACACAAUUUCCAAAUUCCAUCUAUAAGCUCGCUUAUCUCUUCAAUAGAAGGGGGAAAGAUCUUUGCUAAAUUAGAUCUCGCACAAGCGUACCAACAACUUGCCGUAGACGAACACUCUGCCAUGUUGCAAACCGUUGCGACACACAAAGGCGCAUUUAAAGUAAACCGUCUUCAAUUUGGCAUUUCGUCAGCUCCGCGAAUUUUUCAGAAUUUUAUUGACGUGCUCCUUCGGAAUAUUCCUUGUGUUUUACCGUAUUUCGACGAUGUAGUCAUCAUGGGCGGAACCGAGACGGAACUAUCUGAGCGUAUAAAUGAAGUGCUAUCCCGAUUCGACAAAUCAGGUUUACAUCUUCGCCGGGAUAGGUGCAAAUUUGGAGUACACACCAUACAUUUUUUAGGGUACAAAACUGAGGCUGCACGCUUCUUUGGGCUUCCGUUAGUGGAGCUUGACGACAACGACUGA